AUUUAAUCGCAUGUUGUACUUCUGUCGAACGGUACAUACAACAUGCAACGUUUCGUAGUCGGUGUUCUAUAUCUAACUGCUGCCGUUAUCCUGGCAGCAGGACCAGCCCAGGCGGCCUCGCGCGCUCUAACGCCCCCAUUGUAUCGUGAUGACAAUGGGUGGUUUCAGGAAAAUCCUAAUGCCCGUGUUAGUCCUCGGGCCGACCCUGACUAUCGCUUACCCAAUACCACAAAGCCCACUCAUUACGACAUUGACUUGAGCACUAUGGUGCACGAAGGAACUCGAGCAUUUGUGGGCACAGUGAAAAUUCAUGUGACCUUUGAAGAGGCCACCACCAGCAUAGUGCUGCAUGCUCGUCAAUUGAUCAUAACGGCGGCCACCAUUCAAUUCGGUACCACUGCACCCGAGGAUCUUGAACCAACGUAUGAGGAAGAACGUGAGUUCCUUACACUAACACGCAAAACGAACACACCCUUCCCUAAGGAUAGCCAAUGGGUUGUGACAUUGGAUUACAACGGUCAAUUGCGUUUGGAUAAUGGCGGUUUCUAUUUGUCCACCUACAACGAUGCCAAUGGCAAUGUAAGACAUUUGGCCACAACACAAUUCGAGAGUACCGAUGCACGUCACGCCUUCCCCUGUUUUGAUGAACCAGCCAUGCGUGCCACUUUCACCAUAACCAUGAGGCACAGUCCCAGUUAUAAGGCAAUUUCCAAUAUGCCUGUGAACACCAUGGAAUCAAGUCCUGGUGUGACGGUUUUCCAAACAACCCCUAAUAUGCCCACCUAUUUGGUUGCCUUCAUUGUUUCGGACUUCGAGUACACCGAAGGUGUUUUGAACAGUUUGCCCCAACGCAUUUACUCUCGUCCCGGCACCGAAGGUGAUCAGGAAUGGGCUUUGGUGUCGGGCAUGUUGAUCUUGGAGCGUUUGGCCGAAUACUAUGGUGUUCCCUUUGCCUUGCCCAAAAUCGAUCAGGCCGCUAUACCCGACUUUGCUGCUGGUGCCAUGGAAAACUGGGGUUUGGCCACUUACCGCGAGGAAUACAUGCUGUACAACAAGGACCACUCAACCAUUACCACCCAAACCAAUAUUGCCAAUAUUAUAGCGCAUGAGUAUGCCCAUCAAUGGUUUGGCAAUUAUGUGGCCAUUCAAUGGUGGACUUACUUGUGGCUAAAGGAAGGUUUUGCCACCCUCUUCUCGUACAAGGCCACAGAUGCUGCCUACCCCGAAUGGGGUAUUUGGCAACAGUUCCACACGGACGACUAUCAAGGAGCCUUGAACAAUGAUGCCGGUGUCUCACCACGUCCCAUGACCCACUAUGUGCAAAAGCCCCAGGAAAUUUCUCGCCUCUACGACACCGUCUCCUAUGCCAAGGCCGGUUCCGUGCUGAAUAUGUGGAAUCAUGCCUUGACCGAUACAGUGUUCCAGCGUGGUCUUCACAACUAUUUGACUGCCAACAAUUUUAGUGCCGCCGUGGAGGAUAAACUCUUUACGGCCAUCCAGAUUGCUUCCAAAGAGGAAAACUAUGAAAUUCCUGCCAAAAUCGAAGAUAUGAUGGGCUCCUGGACCCAUCAAGGUGGUUAUCCCCUGCUUACCGUCAAACGUAACUACGACGAUGGAUCCUUCUCCGUCACCCAACAGGCCUUCCACAACAAUGAAACCAUUAACUCCGAUAAAUCGUGGUACAUACCCUUCAACUAUGCCACCCAAUCGAAUGCUGAUUUCCGUGACACUGAAGCCACCAACUAUUUGUUGAAUGUCAAGAGCGUCUCUGUAGGCGCCAAGCUAGGCAAGGAGGAAUGGCUUAUUCUGAAUAAACAGUCUACCGGCUACUACCGCAUCAAUUAUGAUGAGCAAAACUGGAAACUGAUCAUCAAUGGCCUGAUCCACCAUCCCUUCAAGAUUCAUCCCCGCAAUAGGGCCCAGCUCAUGCACGAUGCCUACCGCUUCAGUGCCUCCAACCGUUUGAAUCACGCCAUACUCUUGGAAAUGCUCACCUAUUUGCCCAGUGAGGUCGAAUACGCUCCCUGGUCCACCGCCAAUGGCAUUAUCAACAUCUACAAUCGUUACUUGGGUGGCGAUAACGAUUACAAAGUGUUCCAGGAGUUUGUGGCCGAAAUUGUCACCCCCAUCUAUGAGAAGCUGGGCAUUAACGAUGUUCCCGGCGAGCACCACUAUCAGAAAUUCACCCGCAAUGUUGCCAUCAACAUGGCCUGCUUGGCCGGCAUUAACAGCUGCCUCAAGGAGACCAAUGACAAGCUGAAGGAUUUGGUGGAGCGCGACGUUGCCAUUGAGCCCAAUGUACAAUCGCAGAUCUACUGCAAUGGCCUCAAACAGUCCAGCAAUGAUGUCUUUGACUUUGUCUACAACAAGCUCAUGGACUCUGACGAUCAGGCCCUGCGUCGCAUUUUGAUCAACUCCUUGGGAUGUUCUCAGAACAAGCAGCAAUUGGACAAAUUCGUCUCCAGCUCCAUCGACCACGACAAUGAACUGCGCGUCCAAGAGCGCUCGACGCUGCUUAGUCCCGCCUACUCACGUGGCCUGACCGGUUGGAUGGCCUGCAUGGACUUCCUGGACAAACACUGGGAUGCCUAUGGCAAUUUGAAUGGAGGUUUCGGUGGCACCAAUCCCUUGGAUGAUGCCAUUCGCGGUAUGUCUUCGUAUGCCAACAAUGAGGAGCAAGAGAAUCGUCUGUUGGCCUUGGUGGCCAAAGUAAAGAAUUCGGUACAUGCUUCGGCUAAUUUGGAGGAAGUUGUGGAAGCCAACUUUAAGACCAAUCGUGACUGGCUGAAAAGCAAUCGCGACCCCCUUAUGUCAUGGUUGAUCAGUUAUCGCUCAAAUGGUGGGGCCACCCUUGCCAUCUCAACUCUCUCCAUGGUCUCGGUCAUCUUGUUGGUAGUUUCGCACUUAUUUUAGGCACUUAAGAUAGAUUAGCAUGUUACAUAGUAUGUAUAGAUGUUGUUGUAAAUACUAGUUUAGUAUUUAAUACCUACUUAACACACACACACACACACAUUGAAUAUUUGCUGUGUUUUAUUUAGGUCACAUAUGCAGUGAAAUUCAGAUGUUCUGCGUAGAAUAUCAGUGCAAAGUUGUAUGUACUGGUAAGUUAUCGAUAACAUGCAAUUACAGAUUAUAAGAAACGAUUAAUCAUGAUUUGCAUUAUACAGUUUUAAAAUAAAACACAGCA